AUGUUUCAAGAUCUUGCGGUUUACGCCCUCAAUGUUACCAGAAAUCUGGCUCUUGACGUGUUUGCUUCAAAUGGAAAGCAGAAAACUCCUGAAGGAUUCCAGAAGGAGAAAAAUAUCCAAAAGGAAGAGGUCAUUCCAGAGGACGACAUUCAAGAAGCAUAA